CAUAUUAAACUCUGUGGAAGAGUCUGUGCGCCCUCAUGGAGCAAGAAGCAGAAAUUACACACUGAUGUGGCCACUGGCUGACAAGGUGUGUGCCGUGUGGGUGUGAACAGUGUGACGCACAAAGUGCUGCACAUUUAAAAGUGUGCAGACACACCACAGGCAAAGAAAAAGAAAAACCCAAAGCUGAUACUCAGCAAGUAUGGGACACAGACAAGAAAAACACCGUUCUAAGAGCAGGAUUCCUGGUGAAAAGGGGUCAUCUCGUACACAACUGGAAAGCUCGCUGGUUCGUGUUGAUGCCUGACAAGUUGUUAUAUUACAAAUAUGAAGGCAGUAAAAGAGACUCGUGCCAGAGGGGCAAAAUCCUGCUGAAAGACUGUGUGCUCACAUGUCCUUUCUUGGAAUAUGAAAAUCGGCCGCUGGUGUUCAGGAUUCAGACAAAGAAUUCUGUGCAGCAUUUCUUGGAGGCCUGUUCCAGAGAAGAGCGGGACGAGUGGGCAGCAGAUAUCACAGCCGCUGUGGAAAAACUGCAGAUUGCUGAUGGUGUGAAGUCCUCCAGCCAGGAAGAUCCUGCUGGAUCACAGUUACACAACAUCAAUCUGAGCAAAGUCUUGGACUCCAUGUACGACGUCCACAGUGGUAUCAAACUGACCAACCACGUGGAACAAGGCAGCACUUACAGCAACUGCUUCUCAGGCUCGGCAUUGGUGGACUGGCUGGUGUUCAUGCAGCUGGCACUGACCCGUGUGGAAGCAGUAACUCUGGCUUCUGCCCUGCUGGAAGAGGGUUUUCUACGGACUGUCGGCCUGAGGAGUAUGGAGGCUCUUCGCACCGCUGGCCUCAGCGAGCAGUUUAUGGAUGACUCUACUGCAUUGUAUAGCUUUCCAGACAGCUUAAAGCAGAGAGGCAGCGUGAAGGCCGAGACUUCGCUGUCUGCAGUGGAGCUGAGUGGAGAAGUGAUAAAGAGAGGGUUUCUGCUUAAACAGGGACACAGAAGGAAAAACUGGAAGGUGCGACUGUUUGUGUUGCGUUCACAGCCUGCUUUCUUACAUUACUAUGAUCCCACCAAGGAUGAUGUCAACCCUGUGGGCGGCUUCUCACUCCGCAGCUGUCUGGUGUCGUCUCUGGAAGAUAACGGCGUUCCCUCAGGUGUGAAAGGCAACAUUCAAGGAAACCUGUUUAAAAUCAUCACUCAUUCGGACACACAUUACUUCAUCCAGGCCCCGACCCACCAGGAGAAGAUGGAUUGGAUAGAUGCAAUCACUCAGCACACAUAGUGCAGCCAUCAGGCAUGAUGCUUCGCUUUAAACAUGAUGAAUGUGUCGUUUAAAUUCCCACGAAAAAGGUGCGAUUUACUCAUUCUGUGAAUGUACUGUACCAAAAAGGGGGCCAUUUUUGCAGAAUAGUUUUGAAUAAACCUUUUAUAGUAAAAUAUUGCCAAAGUCUCACAGUUCUCUGUCUGUGCACACAGAAGCUCCCCUGC